AGUGUAGAGGCAGUCACACGCCGCCUGUAGAAGCAGAAGGGCCUCUAGCGCCAGACGUCAGUACUGGUCUGCUCGCUCACUCCUCCUCUCGGAUCCACAGCGCGAGCAUCGCGGUGUCUCGGCAGAAACACGGCGUGGCGUGCGGACAGGCGCCCGUAGCCCCGCAGACCCCUCUCCGUCUCACCGGGCACUCAACGGACUACGUCGACGAGUCGUCGCCUUCUUUCUUUUUGGUACAUAUCUGGGCUCCGUUCCUCGCUCCGGUCUCUCUCGCUGCAGGGCCUCUUCAGUUUACUGGUGGUGGGGGAGAGAGAAUAAAAAGUGGGUGUUUGCUGCUCACUGGUGUUCCGGCGGCGGCGGCGGCGGCGGCGGCGAAGUGUCCUCGAUGGCAGGCUGGAAGGACGGCUCGGUGCAGGAGAAGUAUCGGCUGGUUGUGGUCGGAGGUGGCGGUGUCGGGAAAUCUGCCCUGACCAUCCAGUUUAUCCAGUCAUACUUUGUCACCGACUAUGACCCCACAAUUGAAGACUCUUAUACCAAGCAGUGUGUGAUUGACGAAAGGGCGGCCAGGCUCGACAUCCUCGACACGGCUGGACAGGAAGAGUUUGGAGCCAUGAGAGAACAAUACAUGAGGACAGGGGAGGGCUUCCUGCUCGUCUUCUCAGUCACUGACAGAGGAAGCUUUGAAGAAAUCUACAAAUUCCAAAGACAAAUUCUCAGAGUGAAAGACAGAGAUGAAUUCCCGAUGAUCCUUGUAGGAAACAAAGCAGAUCUGGAACUACAGAGACAAGUAACCCAGGAGGAGGGCCAGCAGCUGGCCAGACAACUGAAGGUCACAUAUAUGGAGGCUUCAGCCAAAAUUCGUAUGAACGUAGACCAGGCUUUCCACGAGCUGGUUAGAGUAAUCAGGAAAUUCCAAGAGCAGGAAUGUCCACCUUCGCCCGAACCUACAAGAAAAGAGAAAGACAAGAGCGGCUGCCAUUGUGUGAUCGUCUGAGGCGGCCUUAUCACUGUAACUCAUGCAGCUACUCUCUACCACCCCACCCACUCUGCCUAACAUCACAUCCUUAGUGGAUGACUGACCGCUGCCUUCUCCUCGUGCAUGACUUCAGACAGCCUUUUCUGAGAUACUUUGACCAGGAAGUGCUGUCCCCAGGACAUCACUAUGGACAACUGACGAUGCCAAAUUUUAACACCACUCUACCUUCAGCCGUAAUCUAAUUCACACGAGAGAGUCCCAACACUAAACAUUGCCUUUCGAAUCAGCCUGACAAAUUAAUGUUUUGUACUCCUGAAGGACUUCUCUUGCCUUGUAGUGACAUUUGUACUUGCUACCGAGAUUGAAUGAAAACUAUAUAUCUAGAAUGUUAAUGCGUUUCUUUAGUUUCCUGCGUGACCAGCGCAAAGAGAUUAUCUUACGAAGCUUUGUGUAUGUUGUGCCAUAUCCACCUUUUACUCCCAUGUGCUAAUCUGCUACUGUACAUAUGUGACAUUUGUUGUGAUUUUCAAAGUGUACUUCUAAUGAUCUAUUAAAUCACCACAGUACAGUGUGUGAGGUUGAGUUUGAUUUUACAUAUAUGAAAGUGAAUAUAUAUAUAUAUACAUAUAUAUUAAAACAAAGUAUGUAUAUAAAUAUAAAGCCUAGACAGCCCUUAAAGCUACAAUGAUAGAACUUUUUGGCAUUUUGCAGUGGAUUCUUCUUCUUCUUUGUCUGUGGUUUAGGCUUUCAUCUCAACUAUGAAGUGUCUACUGUAUUUGAUUUUUUUUUUUUUUUUUUCAAAAGUCUUAUAGAUUGAAGCUUUCUUAUCCUAUGCCAUCUCCUCAAUGUACCUGAAAGUAGCAAAUGUGUCUGAAUUUCUUUCCUCGAAGGUGGCGGUUCAGUCGAAAUUGGACAUCAGAUUUCUCAGAAGCAGUAGAUACAUUUCUUGGUAGCACAUUGUAUAAUCCUUGACAACUAACAUGAUUUCAGAUCAAAACACUGUAUGCUCUAUAUUCAACUCUUUUUAAAUUUGUUGCAAAUCAAGAAGCUUUCAGAGCUCAGUUCAGAUCAUUCCAAUGUAAUGAAUCUCCUCUGUCAAACAUUUAGUCUACGAUUCAGAUCAAAUAUCUGUCCUAUCAUUCCAAUAACACAGUGCCAAUGUAUUUGUUUUGUGUUCCUCGAUUAUUCUGCUACAUUACUUUUCCCCCCCCAAUGAUCUGUCGCAUUGGAAAACCAGGAAAAGUGGAAGCGGUGAGAUGCACAUCGUAAAACAGUCGGUCUCCAAUGGGACUCAAAAUCAACCGGACCUGCCACCUGUGGAGCUUUCAUCCACACAGACACAACACACUUCUGUAGUUCUGUUUGGGCAUAUCAAUGAAGUACUGCAGUUUGUUUUUCAUAUCAUCAUCGUGUGAUAUAAACAACAAGAAAAUCAGAUGAUGGAAAUAUUGGACUUGAUUAAAUGUUUCUACUCUACUUUUAUACAUUAUUUUCUUAUCAAACUAGUUGACAAGUAUUUUUAUAUGUUUAUAAGUGAGUACACAUUCACAGCAUAGCUGUGCAUAUAUGUAAAGAGGGAUAUUUAAUUCUCCUAAUUAUUUUAAACUGAGGCCCAAAUUUACAAAAUGAAAUUAUUCACCCAGAUGUGACAAAUAAUGUGAUUUCUUGUUGGGGCUUAUUAAUGGAGAAUAUAUUGAUAUUUAAAUGGUUCACCACCAGCUCAGAGCCUAACAUGCUAGGUGGGAGAGGGUCUUAGAAAUGUAAAAGCUUAAAGUCCUGUGGAUGAAUUAUUAUAAUCACUGAGAUUUGAAAUACCUACUUCCCAUCGUAACACAAGUCCUAGUAUACAUCCAAAUCAUACUGUUUUUUUCUGCUUUUUCGUCCAUAUCAAUGUGUUUUGCCCUGUGUCUAGCUUUUGGUGCUACAAUAAAAUCUGUCAUUGAGCCAGA